AGAAGAAGCAGGAGCUCUUUGUGGAGUCUCCCACGUGUGUCUGUGCUAACGCUGUAGGUUAGCAGAGUAAUGUUGUAGUUUUCUUUUCCUUCUUCGACUCUUGGAUGUGUGGAAAUGUCCGGCUUUGAGGAUCUUAAAGCUUUAUUCGGACGGAGGCUGCUCGCUGCGGUUCUCAGAGACCUGAGAGGACGAGAAACCAGAUCUGAAUACGAAGAGGAGCUCCACCGCCAGAGGAAGCUGCUGGAUGUGAUUUUAAUCCCUGAGAUAAAGCUGCACAGAGCAGUGCUUCCUGCAGACGCCCAGCAGCUGUUGGUGAUUAAAGAAGAGAGCCCCCAGGAGGACACUGAGCCCCCACUCAUUAAAGAGGAACAGGAGGAACUGUGGAUCAGUCAGGAGGGAGAGCAGUUUCAAGGACUGGAGGAGGCUGACACCAAGUUCCUCUUCAGUUCUGUCUCUGUGAAGAGUGAAGAUGAUGAAGAGAAACCUCAGUCCUCACAGCUUCAUGAAAGACAAAAUGAAGAGAUGGAAACAGGAGCUGAUGGAGAGGACUGUGGAGGAGCAGAUCCAGCCAGGAUCUCAGAUCCAGAGACACAUUUACAACCAGAGACUGAGGUCAAGAUUGAAGAGAGUUCUGAGGAAGAGACUGUUGACAGUGAUGAUUGGAGGGACACCGGAGAACAUCAGUCAGGUUCAAAGUCUGAAACAAAUAUUAACAAUAGGAGACUCAAGAGUAAGAAAUCACACAGCUGUUCUGUGUGUGGUAAAACAUUCAACACAGUAAGCCACUUGACAAUACACACAAGAAUUCACACAGGAGAGAAACCCUUUAGCUGCUCUGAGUGCAAUAAAAGUUUCUCUUGCAAAGGAAAUCUGAAAAAACACAUGAGGAUUCACAGAGGAGAGAAACAUUUUAGCUGCUCUGAGUGCAAUAAAGGUUUCUAUGACAGAGGAAAACUAAAUAUGCACAUGAGGAUUCACACAGGAGAGAAACCCUUCAGCUGCUCUGAGUGCAAUAAAGGAUACUAUGAGAAAGGACAAUUAAAUAUGCACAUGAGGAUUCACACAGGAGAGAAACCCUUCAGCUGCUCUGAGUGCAGCAAAAGAUUUACACAAAAAUCAGGUGUGGACCGUCACAUGAGGAUUCACUCAGCAGAGAAACCCUUCAGCUGCUCUGAGUGCAAUAAAGGUUUCUGUGAGAGAGGAAAACUAAAUAUACACGUGAGGACUCACAGAGGAGAGAAACCCUUCAGCUGCUCUGAGUGCAAUAAAGGAUACUAUGAGAGAGGACAACUAAAUAUGCACAUGAGGAUUCACUCAGCAGAGAAACCCUUCAGCUGCUCGGUGUGCAGCAAAAGAUUUAGACGGAAACAGGAUAUGGUCCCUCACAUGAGGAUUCACUCAGGAGAGAAACCCUUUAGCUGCUCUGUUUGCAUGAAAAGAUUUACAUCAAAAACAGAUAUGGACCGUCACAUGAGGAUUCACACAGGAGAGAAACCCUUUAGCUGCUCUGUUUGCAUGAAAAGAUUUACAUCAAAAACAGAUGUGGACCGUCACAUGAAGAUUCACACAGAAGAGAAACCCUUCAGCUGCUCUGGUUGCAACAAAAGUUUCUCUUGCAAAGGAAAUCUGAGCAAACACAUGAGGAUUCACUCAGGAGAGAACCCCUUCAGCUGCUCUGAGUUUGAAUUUCAGAUUCAAAAGUUGCUCAAACUUGAGAGUCCAUGUUAAAACUCACAGAGGUGAGACAACCUACAGCUGCAGUGACUAUAAACAGACAUUUGCUUUGCAGUUUCAGGUAAAACAUCACACAUGUGUUGGAGGCCAGGCUUCAGAGAUUCAUACAAUCCUUAGUGAAGGAGAAAGAGAGACAGAAACAGGAGUGGAUUGAGAGGACUGUAGAGAACCAGCAGAACCAGCCAGGAAUUCAGAUCCAGAGAGACAUUUACAACCAGAGAUAAGGGUUGAGACUGGAGACUCUUCUGGAGCUGAGACUGAUGACAGUGAGGAUGAUUAAGAAAUCAGGUUUGAAGUCAUUUACAUAAAUAGGACACUCUUUUUAUGGUAAAAUUUGUUUAAAGGUUAAAAAUGGAAUUCCAAAAAAAUAAACGCAAAUUUAAAACAGAUUGCAUAGGGCUCUACGAUGGGCAGCAAGAGGCCAACAUUUAUCAGGGUUGUCAGCUGAGCAUCCAUCUAGUGUGGAGACAUUCUUUACCUCACCUAAACUAAAGAACUGGGGUACAGUGACCUGACUUGGGUUAGUUACCCACUUGACUGGGGUGACACUCUUGUCUCCCUUUACCCCUGCUUUUCCAUGACAACAGAACAGAAUAAGAGAAAAAGAACAAUCAGAGAUGUAGAGGGGCUUUCAUAACUUUUUUUCUAUGUCCAUUUAAAAUUUUUCCUUCUCACCUAAAUCCAUUGGCUGGUUUAAAUGGCUUCAUCUCCUAUACUGUUUUCCUAAACUCUGCCCUGCACUCCCAGCUCUUUAAGUGUUGAAACUAUUGACUUUGCCACCAACCCCCUACAUCCCACUUCUACUAGACAGACACUAAUUUUCCAGCUUCACUGUUCAGCUUCUGCUCCUGAAUCUUCUUUUCUAAGCAUAUCUGGCCUUCCUAGAUUCUGUUACAUCUUUCCUACAGUAUGGCCGAGCUCAAA